AGUUUUUCAUGUAGAAAACUUUCCUCCAUUUAUUUCACAUAAAAAGAUAGAUUUGAUAUCCUUUCCAUUGUUUAAUCUAAAAUAAUGGACAAAGGAUUUAUAAAUCCAUCAGUUGAUUCAUUUGUGAAUAAAAUUUUUCCACCCAAAAUCGGGUGGAAAGCCUCUUUCCUUCCUUCCUCGUCACGUAAUUGCCUCGACCACGCGCGUAGGCUGCACUAUGCGGUUGCCGACCUCGGGUAUGUUCGAACAGCGAUAAUAAUGAAAAAAAACAAAAAAAAAGAAGAGAGUAAUUUUGAUGGAGGAAAUAGCUGGUAAUUCGUCCAAGCCCAACUGGAUAAAGGAUGAGAGGAAGACGACGCUAAAGCAGAGGAAGAAGAAACAGACAAGUUUUGCAAUGAAUGAAAGCUAUGAAAAAACCCUUGUCUGUUGCUGUCACCGUCAUCUUCGAGGUAUUAGAAACAGUCGACAGAGGAGGAGGACAGAGAGGGAAAAGAAAGAGAGGAACGACAUUUCUUGCCUCUCCAACAACAAAAAAAGCAUCGGUAUCGCCAGAGGAGGAGGAUGAAGAGGGAAAAGGAAAACCAGCCAUGGACAACUGCUUGGGCAGAGCUGUGAGUUCUAAAAGAGGGAGGGAAAGCAGCCGCUUGUUGUCGUUGGCCGCUCGCGAAGGAAGGCCUUGCACGGCAGCUCCCGAAGGAAAGGGAGGAUUCAUUUCAUCGCCGUCGUCGAAGAAGGAUGAAGAGGAAAAAGGAAAAGCAACCAUGGGAGACUGCUUGGGUAGGGCUGCGAGUUCUAAAAGAGGGAGGAAAAGUGACCACUUGUGGUCAUUGGUUGCUCACAAAGGAGGCUUUGCGCAACAACUCACUAAAGGAAGGGAGGUCUUGCACUAAUGUUGUUCUAUGUUUUUUCUUUUUUUUUUCUUCUACGAGUUUCUGUCUUUUCCCUCCUUUUCUGUGGAUUUAUUUCUCUUCCCUCUCCUUUAUCUUCUUUCGCGCAGAGGACUCUACUUUCAAAAUGAAUCCUUUCCUUUCUCUAUGCA